GAGUUCUGCCCUAUUACGUCAUCAUCAAGGCGCAGGAAUCUGCUGGCGAGUUUUCGGCCAACAGGCUGGUUAAAUGUUUAGAUAUUUUAAAAUUAAACCACAUAUUCAAUCAUUGUAAUAUUUAUGGCACCGAACAGGACGUACUUAAGUAUUGCCUAUGCUACAUUCGGCAUGCUGGUGGGAGUUUCGGCUUUUAUAGUUUGGAAUGUUGUUUACAGACAGCCGUGGACUGCGGCUAUGGGCGGGUUAUCAGGAGUGCUGGCCCUUUGGGUGCUGGUCACACACAUCAUGUACCUGCAGGAUUACUGGCGCACAUGGCUGAAAGGACUCAAGCUGUUCAUGAUUAUCAGUUCAAUUUUUUCCAUGUUAGCUGUUGCUGCUUUUGCAACGUUUAUGACUCUUGCUAUUACACAAAAUCAAGAACUUUCAGACACCAGGAGUUUUUAUCUGUCCUGUGUUUGGAGCUUCUUGACGCUGAAAUGGGCUUUUCUCCUUGGCUUGUAUUCUUACCGCUACCACCAGGAGUUUGCUGACAUAAGCAUCCUCAGUGACUUUUGAAUAACUACCAUUCUGGAACUGUCUGAACAAGUCUGUUGUCUCUUAGUAGCUUUAUUUGUUUGUCAGGAAGUGGGUUUAGCAGCAGGACUUACCACACAGGAAUAAGUCAAACAGUUUUUCUUUCAUAUUAAUGCCACCAAUAAUACUUACAACUCUUCAUAUGUUAGGCAUAUUUCUCAGAUUCUAUAUAUAUGUAUAUAUACAUUACAUUCCUUUUACAUACACCAGCAUAAAAAAUCACCUGGUUUGUAUUAAUCUAUUCCGGCCUUUGCCUUUGUUUCAGUAUCAACUGAUCUGCACACAGCAAUUUGAAAGCUAAGCUAGCUAAGUUACAAAAACUCUAAUCCUUUUUUUUUUUUAUGUUUUCAUUUUUUAUUUGUCUACACUUGCUCAUCAGCAAAGAUUGAUGUAUCAUUAGUGUAGUGUAUGUUUUUUUGUCAGCAAAAUGCACUUAUCCCCAAAUCUGGGACAUCCUCAAAUGCCAUGUUACUCUAUUUUAGUAGGACAUAUAGGUCUAUGUAGUACUAUGUAGACAAGUAUUAUAAUAAUAUUAUAAUUUUAUUAUAAUAUUUGUUGCACAAUGUUAUACUAAAACAAUAGUAAAAACUUGUCUAGAUCAAAUAAUGAUUAUUUUUGUUAAUUUUUUUUUUGUGUGUACAUGGUACAACUACAUAUAAUAAGGAUUAUCAUCUGUAUGUAUUUUCAGAGAUGGUUCUCUUCAAAAGUAUUUGAACAACAAGGCCAAUUCUCUUGUGUUUGCUAUGCACUGAAGACAUUUGGGUUGAACUUGUUUUGAGCAAAGUUGCCAUGGUAAAAGUUGUUGAGCACAUCUAGAUGGAAAAAUCUGUAAUAAAAAGCAGACAUUAUGCCCUUUAGUCUCAUAUCAAUGUUUUGAUCUCAAACCCAAUUGCCUUUUCGUUUAGCAGUAACAAAAUAAUUAACCUUAUCAUUGUAAUACUUUUAUAGAGGACUAUUUUUAUUAAAGUUUUCCAAAUAUGCA